UUCUAAAUCCACUUUCCGUUUGGCAUCUCUUUUGGUUGCUCAUACCCUUGCAUUUUUUUUCCUUUCAUUUUUCAUUCAUCUCCCCAUCUCUUUUAUUUACUUGCUUUUUCUCAUCGAUCACUUCAGAUCCACAGUUUUCUUUCAUAAUGCCUGUCCCAAUCGAACUUAGCAACUCCCUACGCCGUAUGAGCACCAUCACCGUGCCAAAGCAAGAUAUCAACUUUGAUUCUUAUGAUUUUCAACUGUGUCUUCCUCAGACGGAUAUCAAAGAUACUUUUGAAUCGCGCGAAUUGGAAGCUGCUUUCUGCCGGGACUUUGCCUGCUGUGGUUUGGUGUUGAACGAUCUUCACGAUCUGUUGCAGCACUACGAAGAAUGCCACGUCCGCUUGGAGGACGAUGAUGCUAGUCUGUAUGAUGAUUCCGAAUCCGGUUACUGGUCCCCGCCUUCUCUUUCUUAUUCGUGCUCGUCUUCGGCCGCUUCGUCUGUGGAUGGUUCCGCUCCCAGCAGUCCCGUCUUGAGCACCGAGUCGGUGACGCCCGACAUUCAUCUUAUCAAGAAGAAGGCCGCCGCUUACUUGUCUGAUCUGUACAACUCAAAUCCUUCUUCCCCUGUUUCCUUGGCUUCUUCCUCAUUGUCUAGCCCUUGCUCGUCGGCCCCGGUGUCUCCUCUGUCGCUUGAUGACGAUGUUUUGCAUCCCAUUGAUAUUGUGGAUGACGAGGCCACAUUGCCCAAGAAAUCUGUCGGAAAGAAGCGCUCGUACACUCAAAUGUCCAACACUACCGCAUUGGAUCUUCUUACCCAGUCCGCUGCCAAAAAAUUGGCGCUGGCCAGUCAUUCCCUGGGGGAUUUGAACACCCCGAUUUUGACAGAUGAAGAUUUUCUGGCCCAAGCCGGGGCCCUGUUGGCAUCCACUCAUGCCAAUGCCAAUGCUGAUAAGCCAUACAAAUGUCCUGUUCCCGGUUGCGACAAGGCUUACAAGAACCCCAACGGGUUGAAAUAUCACAAUCAGCACGGUCACUGCAACUUGGUCAAUGACGAAUACGAAAACAUGGCUUCCAAGCCCUACCAGUGCACGAUUGGCGAUUGCGGCAAGCGAUACAAGAACUUGAACGGUUUAAAGUACCACAUUGAACACUCGCACAUGGCUGCUUUGAACCAUACCUUGGCCACUUUUGGUCAUUCCAUCUUCAAUACACCUUCGGCCGUUCCUACUCCCGAAGCCUCCCCCGUCUUAUCUGCCGCCUCUCUUCCAUCUCUUUUCUAAAAAAGAAAAACUGACACUUGUAUAUUCAUUUUGCAUUUUCUUUUCUCUCUCUCUCUCUCGUUUGUCUCUCUCUCCCGCCCUUCCUGUCAUCCUCUCUUUGCAUCUCUUAGCAUCCCUUCUCUUUUUUUCAUCUUUUUCAUCUUGCUGUAAAUAUUUUAGCCAUCCCUUCUUAUCAUUCACAUAAUCUUUCAACUCUGGUCAUUUAUGGACCGCUGCUGAAUUUUUUUGAUGGAUGAUCGGGAAUACUUUAUGUUCGUUUGCGGAUUGUCAAUCGAUUAUCCGAAAAAAAGUUAAUGACUAGUCUUUUAUUUUAUUUUUUUUGUUUUCCCUAAAAUUUGUUUAGCCUUCCAUUAUUAUUAAAAUAUCGAAUUGUUUGAAAAAAAAAAAAAAAAAGAAGAGGAGAGCCCUCAC